AUGGACUUCGUCAAGAACCUUGCUGGAGGUGACAACAACGCAGCUUCUUCCUCAGCUGACCAGCCUGAGAAGAAGGAGUCUGGAGGCUUCAUGGACAAACUCAACGGCAUGGCCGGUGGUGGUCGCGAGAGCGAAAAGCAGGAGGACGGUCUUGACAAGGCUGUCGACUUCGUCCAGGAAAAGGUUCUCGGCCAAGGCCCUCAGGACAACGAGAGCGCCGUUGAGCAAGCAAAGGAUGAACAAAUUUCCGACUUCAUCCGGGACCAGUACAAGAACACGACCGGCAAGGAGUUUCCCAUCGAGGACAAGGACAAGAAGUAUGGCAUGUGA